CUUACUUUUUUUCUGUUAUCAAGUUAUCAAAUUUUUCAUUCAUUCAAGCUCCGAAAUUAUCAAAUUACGCAAUAAUUUCAUCGAGUGCUGCGGCUAUUUGACUCGUGUCAGUCAGAUACGCCUUUUGUUUCGAGGAUCGCAUCAAAUUAACGCAGUUACCUUCAAAUAUUUUUUAGAUUCAUCAAGAUGAAGAAAAAGGUCUUACUAAUGGGAAAAAGUGGGUCAGGAAAAACAAGUAUGCGAUCUAUUAUUUUUGCUAACUACAUAGCCAGGGAUACCAGGAGAUUAGGCGCAACAAUCGAUGUGGAACAUUCUCAUGUUAGAUUUCUUGGAAACCUAGUCUUAAAUCUAUGGGACUGUGGAGGGCAAGAAGCUUUCAUGGAAAACUACUUUGCUAGUCAAAGGGAUAACAUUUUCCGCAAUGUUGAGGUAUUGAUCUAUGUUUUUGAUGUUGAGAGUCGAGAGCUUGAUAAGGAUAUGCACUAUUACCAAAACUGUCUAGAAGCUAUUCUACAGAAUUCUCCCGAUGCCAAGAUUUUCUGUCUAAUUCACAAGAUGGAUCUAGUCCAAGAAGACCAAAGAGAUGUUAUAUUUACAGAAAGGGAGUCAAAUUUGAAACACCUAUCUGAGCCUCUCAAAUGCACUUGCUUUAGGACUUCGAUAUGGGAUGAAACGUUGUACAAGGCAUGGUCGUCCAUUGUCUACAUGCUUAUCCCGAAUGUGAAAGAGUUAGAGCAGAGUCUAAAUUUGUUCGCAAAUGUGAUGGAUGGAGAUGAAGUCCUGCUGUUUGAGCGUGCCACGUUUCUUGUAAUUUCGCAUUGUGAAUGUAAACCUCAUCGAGAUCCCCAGCGAUUUGAGAAAGUGUCAAAUAUCAUCAAGCAGUUCAAACUUAGCUGCAGUAAAUUAGCAGCCCAGUUUCAAAGUAUGGAAGUUAGGAAUUCAAAUUUUGCUGCUUUCAUCGAUGUAUUCACUUCAAACACAUAUGUAAUGGUCAUAGUCUCAGAUCCCAACAUUCCAUCCGCAGCCACCCUAAUAAACAUCCGCAAUGCGAGGAAACACUUUGAAAAACUUGAGCGCGAAAGUCAGCAGAACCAAAGUAUACUCACAAGAUGAAACUAAUUUUAGUUCAACACUUCUUUCAUCAUUGUAGAAAUAUGUACCUAUUAUCAAAAUAUCAUUGUACAUUUUGUAUAAUUCAUUAAUUAAUGUUCGAUACCAUUGUGUUGUUAGCAAUGUAAAUAUUAUUGUUAAUACGGGUUAAGAAGUAAGGAAAGUCUCAACAAGCUGAACUGCAGGGAUAAUUGACAAAUUGAAGAAUUUUACCUGAAAUGCAAUUUUCAAUGCCUUUCAAUGACUGGUAAAAAAAUGAAUAGCCUUAAAAGACUCCCCCCCCUCUCUCCCUCUCUCUCCUUCUUUCCCCAUUUUUAAUUAAUUCAUUGUGCAGUCCAUUUAGAACAUGGUAGCCACUAAAGUGGAAAAAGUCAGGUGGCGCCUGUGGAUGGAAAAUUGAGGAGCCCAGCCUAGUUGCUCUCAUCCUAAAAUUCCUGCACUCUCUUUGCUUUAAUUUUUGUAAUCAAGUUGGCAAUUCCCUUUCAACUAUAUUUUUUUGCACCAAAACUACAUUAUGUCGUAAUAUGUCCUCUCUUAUGAGGCUUGAUGUGUUGAUCUUCACAUAUCAAGGGUUCUUUUUACUAAGAAGAAAAAUCAGGGUAGUUUUUGAGGAGUGAUGUUGGGUAUUUUUCCAUUUAAAAUAUAGAGUAAGGCAGGAAAUCUGCAGCGUUGCAGUUGCAAACAGACUUAUCCGUUUCUGCAGUUUCACUGUCAAUAUUUCAUUUUUUUGUUAAUAUAAUGGUAACACUAUUUCAAGUUCAAUGUAUCUUAUGGAUUCUUCAAUAGGCAAGCAGGUAUUCCUGUAAUAGAGAAUUUGCAGGUGCCUGAAAUUUGAUGAAUUCCACGUUUAAGUGGAAACUACUGGGUGAACUGAAAACAAGGAUAUCCUUCCCAAAAACAGUUAUUGAAGGAAAUAUGACCAAACUAUCUGAUCUGCUGAAAUACAUGUGUUUAAAUGGGAAA